GAACCUCCCAUGUUUCUCGAUCUUCGUGCUGAAACCUCAACUCACAAUUUCUCACUCACUUUAUUCCCUCACUCACUCACUCACUCACUCACUCACUCCUUCACUCACCUUCCUCACCUAUUACCACCAUGCUUAGUUAGGUUAGGGUUUCUUUACUAUUCCUUCCUUCUUCUUCAAGCCCCUUCCUUUCUUUUUUUCCCUCAACAAAACCCCGCAAUUUCAGCUCAAACUCAAAUCUUUCUCUCUGCAACUCAACAAAAAGAGGGGACACUGAAGUGGGGUGGGGGGGUUCUCUACUCUUACCUGGGAAAACAAACGAGCGUUUCCUGUUUCCACUUUGGAGCAUUCCCUGCAAUUUCAAUGAAAGACAGUUUUUUUAUCCCUCUUUCCUUUUAUUUUUUAUUAUCUUAGCUGGUUCCACGGUAAAGAAGGAACCAAUAACGGUGGUUGCACAAGUAUACACACACUACUUCUUCCCCUCUUCAACGUUUCAGUUUUCUUAUGCCCCUUUGCUAGUACCAACAUCACCCACCACCCACCACCCACCACCCACCUUGCUUUUCAUUAUGGCCAUGGCUGUGGCUCAACACAGAGAGAGUAGCAGCAGUGGGAGCAUUGACAAGCAUCUAGAUUCUGGCAAGUAUGUGAGGUACACUGCUGAGCAAGUUGAGGCUCUUGAAAGGGUCUAUGCUGAGUGCCCUAAGCCUAGUUCUUUGAGGAGGCAGCAAUUGAUCAGAGAGUGCCCCAUUCUCUCCAACAUCGAGCCUAAGCAAAUCAAGGUUUGGUUCCAGAACCGCAGGUGCAGGGAGAAGCAGAGAAAAGAGGCUUCACGGCUUCAGACUGUGAACCGCAAACUCACGGCAAUGAACAAGUUGUUGAUGGAGGAGAAUGAUCGGUUGCAGAAGCAGGUGUCACAGCUUGUGUGUGAAAAUGGUUACAUGAGGCAGCAAUUGCAUACUACACCAGCAGCAACUACUGAUGCUAGUUGUGAUUCGGUGGUUACUACUCCUCAGCAGACCAUGAGAGAUGCUAAUAACCCUGCUGGACUCCUAUCAAUUGCGGAGGAGACCUUGACAGAGUUCCUUUCAAAGGCUACGGGAACUGCUGUAGAUUGGGUCCAGAUGCCUGGGAUGAAGCCUGGUCCGGAUUCGGUUGGGAUCUUUGCCAUUUCACAAAGUUGCAGUGGAGUGGCAGCUCGAGCCUGUGGUCUUGUUAGUUUAGAACCUACAAAGAUUGCAGAGAUCCUUAAAGAUCGUCCAUCUUGGUUUCGGGACUGUCGGAGCCUAGAAGUUUUCACUAUGUUUCCUGCUGGAAAUGGGGGAACCAUUGAACUUGUUUACACACAGACAUAUGCUCCAACAACACUGGCUCCUGCCCGGGAUUUCUGGACUCUGAGAUACACAACAAGUUUGGAAAAUGGCAGUCUAGUGGUUUGUGAGAGGUCCCUUUCUGGUUCUGGCUCGGGCCCUAAUCCAGCUGCUGCUGCUCAAUUUGUAAGGGCUGAAACGCUCCCUAGUGGCUACUUGAUUCGACCAUGUGAGGGCGGAGGGUCAAUUAUUCACAUAGUAGACCACCUAAAUCUUGAGGCAUGGAGUGUGCCUGAAGUGUUGCGGCCACUUUAUGAAUCAUCAAAGGUGAUAGCUCAGAAAAUGACAAUUGCGGCACUUCGCUAUAUCAGGCAAAUAGCUCAGGAAACAAGUGGUGAAGUGGUUUAUGGAUUGGGUAGGCAGCCUGCUGUUCUGCGAACUUUCAGCCAAAGAUUAAGCAGAGGCUUCAAUGAUGCUGUAAAUGGAUUCAAUGAUGAUGGGUGGACUGUACUGAAUUGUGAUGGUGCUGAGGAUGUAAUUAUUGCCGUUAAUUCAACCAAGAAUUUGAGUGGCACUUCUAAUCCAGCGAGUUCCCUUACGUUCCUCGGAGGAAUUCUCUGUGCAAAAGCUUCUAUGCUUCUUCAAAAUGUCCCUCCUGCAGUUUUGGUUCGUUUUCUGAGGGAGCACCGCUCAGAGUGGGCUGAUUUCAAUGUUGAUGCUUAUGCUGCUGCAUCAUUGAAAGCUGGCACCUAUGCCUAUCCAGGGAUGAGGCCUACAAGAUUCACUGGCAGUCAAAUAAUCAUGCCUCUUGGUCAUACCAUUGAACAUGAAGAGAUGCUUGAAGUUAUUAGACUUGAAGGCCACUCUCUUGCUCAAGAAGAUGCUUUUGUUUCUAGGGACAUUCAUCUCUUACAGAUUUGUAGUGGGAUUGAUGAGCAUGCUGUGGGUGCUUGUUCUGAGCUCAUAUUUGCUCCAAUUGAUGAAAUGUUCCCGGAUGAUGCUCCAUUGGUUCCUUCUGGUUUCCGCAUCAUCCCACUGGAUUCAAAACCAGGUGAUAAAAAGGAUACAGUGGCUACAAAUCGGACCCUGGAUUUGACAUCUGGUUUUGAAGUGAGCCCAGCAACAACUCAAGGUGCAGACGCGUCAAGUCACAACACUCGAUCAGUGUUGACUAUUGCUUUCCAGUUCCCAUUUGACAGCAGUUUGCAAGAUAAUGUUGCAGUCAUGGCACGUCAAUACGUCCGUAGUGUGAUUUCCUCUGUGCAGAGGGUUGCCAUGGCUAUAUCUCCAUCUGGUAUAAACCCAGCUGUCGGAGCAAAACUUUCUCCUGGUUCUCCAGAGGCUGUAACGCUCGCUCACUGGAUCUGCCAAAGCUACAGUUACUAUUUGGGGUCCGACUUGCUGAGAUCAGAUUCCCUUGUUGGUGACAUGAUGCUGAAGCAUCUGUGGCAUCAUCAGGAUGCCAUUCUAUGCUGUUCACUGAAGUCGUUGCCAGUGUUCAUAUUUGCAAAUCAAGCAGGCCUAGACAUGUUGGAAACAACUCUAGUGGCUCUACAAGACAUCACAUUGGAUAAAAUAUUUGAUGAGUCUGGACGCAAGGCAUUGUGUUCAGACUUUGCCAAGUUAAUGGAACAGGGGUUUGCUUAUCUGCCAGCUGGAAUCUGCAUGUCCACCAUGGGGAGGCAUGUUUCAUAUGACCAAGCCAUUGCAUGGAAAGUGCUUACUGGAGAAGAUAACAAUGUUCAUUGCUUGGCUUUCUCUUUCAUAAAUUGGUCUUUUGUAUGAGAAUCCAAUUCGUGUGCCCUGCUUUUUCCCACUUGAAUAUAAAAACAAUGGGUUAAAAGUUGAGACAGACAAAUUUGCAGGGAAAAAGAAAUCCUAAAUUUUUGUUUAACACAGGGUCAGGUUUGCAUUUAAUUCGAUUUAAUUUAUUUCUUAUUUAGUGCAGAGACCAAAUUGAAUUAAUCUUGUAAAUUAUUUAGUGCUAGAGUGAAGUUGAGACUCGAAUGACACAUGUUUUUGACUCUAGUGUAUCUUUCAACUCGAGUUAAGGUAAAACAAAGCACUUGUGUGAUGACAAAGCGCAUGUGUAACGUUUACUUACACACAAUCAAAGUUCUGGCUUGUGUCACA